CCGUUUCGUGCCCCAUCUCUGGUGUCACUGUCGAUUUCAGCAAGUCGGGAAAGGAUGUAGAGUUUGCUGAAGUAUUGAUUGGCAAUGAUUUCCGUUGGCCGAUUAGACCCCAAGCAGGAAGGAGUUGGCGAGUGACAUUUCCGGAGACCAUAUUGCUUUCUUAUCCGGAUGCGUUUCUCUUACGCAUAUGGUACAAGGAACAUUUUAAAACCAAAUUGAAGCAUGAAGACAUUCAUAUCGACCUAGGUGACACGUUCCUCGCAUAUAGCGCAAGCGAAGGACAAACAUACAUAAUGUGGCACGGAAACAUCAAGAUCGCCGUGGACUUUUCCGAGAAUACUUCAACCGAACUCCUCCCUACCACUUCCGGAAUGAUUGAGCGCUGUCCUCGAUUUCGAAUUCUGGUGAUAGGAAAGGUCGGCGUUGGAAAGUCAUCACUGAUUGACCACGUUUUUGGAGUAGGCACAAACACGACCGUCGCCCACAAUCAGCCAGGCGAGGCCGACAUCGACAGAGAGUUUAUCUCAUCGCACAACGACAAGUUUGUCCUCCACGAUAGCAAAGGCUUCGAACCAGGCGAAGAAGACAACCUCAAUCUUGUCCGAGAUUUUAUUAACCGUCGGAGUGCAAUGCCUGAUUUGAAAGAUAAGCUGCACGCUGUUUGGCUUUGUUUUCAGAUCCCUUUUGCCGGCGGACGUUUCCUAGAGACGGGGGCCGAGAAAUUCUUGACAUGGAAACGUGAUGGAAUCCUGGGAGACAUUCCCGUUAUCGUGGUUCUUACUAAAUACGAUAAGCUCGUUGAUGACAUAGAGCUAAAUCUAGAUGACUCUACUGAUGGAUUGAGCGACGAAGCCUUCAAGAAACUCGUCAAGGAUAACGCUGAUAUGGAGAUUCACGACAACUGCAUUGGACCUCUAGAGCGAUCUGCAGGGUCUGAUAUUCCCCAUGCUACGAUAUCUACCGAAGCUGGCUACAAGGAGACGCUCGCCAGCCUAAUCCAACUAACUGAAAAGCACGUCAGCAAGCAUUCUACGCCUGAGGCUGCAGUGAUGACCUCCAUUGCUCAGCGGGUGCAUUCUGGACUCAAAGUAGAGACGUUGAUUAAGGUCGGCAAGACAAGAUAUUGGAAGGCGCUUCGAUCAGGCCCAUCAUUCAAGAACUGCCAGAUGUGGGAUUGUCUGGAUGUGCUUCACACUGACAUAGUCGAAGUAUGGAACUUCCGUGACCCUCACAAGUACUUGCGCAGUCAAGAGUUCAGGAAAUUGAUAUUAGACAUGGUCGAUGGGACACAAGUUGGACCGAUAGCUGAUCCCGACAAAACCGUCACUACUAGAUUCUCCAUGGUUGGCACUGUCGCAAGCGUCCUGGCGGGACCUGCGGCUCCCAUCGUGGUACCAAUCGUAGCAGGUGUCGUAUUUGGUGCAUGGGUUUAUGAUGUAUACCAAACAUCCGACGUGGUGCUUCAGCGCUUCAUGGCCUACAUCGCCCACCUAGCGCUUGUGUUGCGGACACUUUUUAUCGUGUCAGAAAGCCAAGAACUCACUCGUAGGGCCAUCAAACUCGCAGUCGAAUUCUACCUCGCCUCUCCAAUGUGCGGAGAAGUUGUUAUUCGAAUUCAGGAUCAUAUUCGGCAAUUGAAAGUCUUGGAACGCCGGGAUAGUGAUAUCUUGAACAAGAUCGAAGAGGUGGUACAAUUUUAUAAGAUCGAUGAGGCAGAAAUGUCCAAACUUCGGGAAAAGCUCCAUGGACAUUUGGUGGAUGAAUCAUGGUAAAUGGAGAAGUGGUAGUACCCGAUUGUUUCUUUCACAGUGUUCGCUUUACUAUACAGCUGGAUUUAUGGCCAAUCAUAACAAUGUAACCUACGUCAUACUGUGUUCUAUUACCGUCGUAUACUUACUGCUAGACUCGAGCCCUCCAACGUGCCAAGCUAAACAUUGUAACAGUUCUUAAAACUUGGCACCAUGCACAGACAAUCGUUUGACGCGUUCUGACUAGGCCUUGGUGGACUGGAUUUAGAUAGAUGAUCAUAAUAUGAUUCUUCCCCGACUCGCCGAGGUUCUAGAUGAGUCUGGUGCAAGGAGUACGU